UGAACAAAAUUUGACUGAGCAGCAGCAGAAACCCCCUUUGCUGCCCUAUCUAUCUAUCUAUCUAUCUCAGUUGUGAAUACUGAAUAAUAUCAAACCCAUCUUCCAUGGCGGCACUUCCUCUUUCUCAUCAAUACUCUCUCUGCACUCAUCAUCGCCUAUCUGCUCUCAAAUCCCCACAAUUUGGACCCAAAAAUCUCUCUUUUCAACAACCCAUUUUGGGCCUUUCUCGAUCUUUCCAAUUCCACACCUCUUCUCCACCUCAAAACCUUAGAUUUUCUUUUAGUACAGCCAAGGAUACAACAGUUGAGACAAGUGAAGACGAGGCUCAAUUAGACGAAUCCGAAAGCGAUAGAAAUCAGGAGAGUGUAUUGAGCGUCAAGUCCCUGCUUCUGCUUUACAAAGAAGCUGUCCUCAAUGAAGAUGACACAACUACAUCUGAAAUAGAGGCUACAUUAUCUCAUCUAGAAAAUGAGAAAAAUAAAUUAUUUGGGCAGGUGACGGCAUUGUCAGAAGAGGCAAAUUCCGGGAAGGAAAGAUAUAUCCGGUUGCAAGCGGACUUUGAGAAUUUUAGAAAAAGGUCAGAGAAGGAGAGGCUUAGCAUUAGAAGUAAUGCCCAAGGGGAAGUGAUCGAGAGUCUUUUGCCCAUGGUUGAUAAUUUCGAGAGAGCAAAGCAUCAAUUGAAGCUGGAAACAGAGCAGGAGAAGAAGAUUGAUGCAAGUUACCAAGGGAUUUAUAAACAAUUUGUGGAAAUAAUGAGGAGCUUACAGGUGGCCGUUGUACCAACAGUUGGAAAACCAUUCGAUCCCUCAGUUCAUGAGGCAAUUGCGCGAGAAGAGUCCAAGGAAUUCAGUGAAGGUAUUGUUAUAGAAGAGUUCAGACGAGGGUUUGUUCUUGGGGAACGACUGCUUAGACCAGCAAUGGUCAAGGUUUCUUCUGGGCCGGGUCAAGCCGAUCCUUCAACUCAGGAAUCUACGGAGCAAUCAUAGACAACCACCAUAUCAAGGCCGAUGAUGGUUGAAAUUUUGCACCAGAGUGGCUUUUAUACCUUUUAUUCAGUGGCAAAUGGCAUUGUUCAUCAUGUUUCUUUACACAUUCUUACUUGUAUCUUUCUUAUUAUGAUCAUCUUGCAUUAGUUAAAGUGAUGCAUGUUCCUUACCCGUGAAUGUUUCAUUCCUAAGAAUUAUGUUAACACAGAUGUUAAGAAUCCGCAAACGUUUUUUUCUUGACGCA